AUUCAUUCAACGGUCGUCUAACAAGUAAUCCGAAGAUCGAGCGCCGUCAAAUCGACGUCGACGUCGCGGUGCAAUUAAAUUAGCGACAGAACUAAUUCACUCUCCACAUUAAAGGGUUAUUAUGUGAAGUUUUAUAUCAAUUUUCAAAUAAUUUAUAAAAAAACUUUAUGCAAAUUAGAAAAACUUUCUGUUUUGUAAAAAUUAUAUCGUGAAUAUUCUGUGUUCAAAUUAAAAAUAUUUUAUCUAGUAUAAGUACUUGUAUCAAAAGUUAUAAUGGAUUACUACAACAGUACUAUUAACAGCACAACAGAUGGUUGGUGUCCAAGCUCUUGUGAUAACUAUUUAUGCUGGCCUCGGACAAAACCCGGAACUAAUGUUACUCAGAAGUGUCCUCGGUCAGAAGGAAUUAUUAAAAGUGCUACUGCUUACAGGUAUUGCAGUCCUACAGGAACGUGGGAAACAAAAAGUUCUUCUAAUUUAUCUUACACACAUUAUGAAAAUUGUAUUCUACCACAAUUACAGGAUCUGCUUAAAAUGUGUGAGGACUUUGGAGAAUCAACGUGUAACCAAAUUGGCAGGAUAACAAGAUGUAUAGAAAUGGUCGGAUUGUCAUUUUCUCUAGUAUCUCUUCUUAUAUCAUUAUACAUAUUUUUUUCAUACAGGGUUCUUAAGAAUAACAGGACGAAGAUACACAAAAAUCUAUUCAUAUCAACGUUACUUCAAGUGAUAUUUAGAUUAGUACAAUAUAUAAAUCAGGAAUUGGAUCCAAGUGAGAAGUUUUUAAAUAAAGGAUAUCUAUUUCAAAUGAACAUAGCACUAUUGGAAUAUUCGAAAACCGCAAUGUUUCUCUGGAUGUUUAUCGAAGGUCUAUAUCUACAUAAUAUGAUUACGGUAACGGUGUUUCAAGAGUAUAAUUAUAUAAAAAUAUACUGUUAUGUUGGAUGGAUACUACCUGGGGUAAUGACAGCUGUGUGGCUGAUAACUAUGCUCAUGGAGGACACGACAUGGGAAUAUUAUUACUUUUUGAGCUACUAUUGGAUAUUGGAAGGACCCAGGUCAGCGGUUAUUAUAAUAAAUCUACUUUUCCUUCUUAACAUAAUCAGAGUUUUAGUUGUGAAGUUAAGAGAGAGUCAUACCAGUGAGAUAGAGCAAGUAAGGAAGGCCGUCAGAGCCGCGAUCUUUCUACUCCCACUUAUGGGAAUUUCGCACAUAUUAUUUUUCCACUACAAAUUUAACGAAGCCUGGAAAUUCGCCGCGUGGCUGUUUGCCGCUUAUUUCCUCGGAACCUUUCAAGGAUUUUUUGUUGCUGUUCUUUACUGUUUUCUCAACGGAGAAGUCCAGACAGCUAUCCGAAAUAGUUUCUACCUUCGUAUGUCCCUGAGAAAUAAUGAUUAUACGCCUUGUAGAAAUUUUGCUAUAAUCUCAGCAGUACGAGAAAAUGGAACAAUAAAUAACGUGAAAAAAACAAAAUGGGUGUUAUGCUGUAAAUAUAGAAGACGUUCCAAUGAUGAAACGGAGAUAAACUUAGACGAUUUGAAUAGGAGGCGGGAUACCACUAUUAUUACCGAAUUUCCUCUGUUUGCGACUGUUUCUAAGAAAAGUUCGUCUCGUGAUAAUUGGACCUCGAAAAUUACUGUUGAAGAAUCUGAUACGUCGCUUAUACAAAUACCUUCCAAUAAAGAUUAAUAAUAUUUU